GUAGUGCGUUGAUUUCAUACCAAAGUCAUACUUAACAUUCCACUUAUACUGUCAAACCUCUGAGAAAUAUUACGGAAAACAACAAGGCGCCAAAUUAUAAGAAACUAAGUAAACUGACCAGCUGCUCUCAUUGAGAAGAAGAAGGUGACUGCCAGAAUAAUAAAAAAAAAGUUCCUACCUGGAUCCAACCUCGUUCCUCAAGAGGAAUCCAACAGUUAUACCUACAGGCGCAGAGAGAGAGACAAACAAAAAACGAUUUGGAGGAAUACACAACUUCAGUCUGGUUUGGACCUCUGCAUCCCAAAGAUCUCCUACAGAUCCGUUGAUAUUGGGGCUCGGGGUCGGGCCCAGGGGGAGCCGCCACCAUUGCGUCCAACGAGUGGAGCGCCAACGGUAGCCCAGAAGAUGGGCUGGACGGGGACAACGAGGACAAGACCCUGGACGGGGACGCCGAGGGCGUGUGGAGCCCGGAUAUCGAGCAGAGCUUCCAGGAGGCCCUCGCCAUCUACCCUCCCUGUGGCAGGAGGAAAAUCAUCCUGUCAGAUGAGGGAAAGAUGUAUGGUCGCAAUGAAUUGAUAGCAAGGUACAUCAAGCUGAGGACAGGCAAAACCCGCACAAGAAAACAGGUGUCUAGUCACAUACAGGUGUUAGCACGGAAGAAAGUUCGUGAAUACCAGGCCGGUAUAAAGGUUUCUAGCCACUUGCAGGUUCUCGCCCGGAGAAAAUCUCGCGAGAUCCAGUCAAAGCUAAAGGCGAUGAAUUUGGAUCAGGCGUCUAAAGACAAAGCCUUGCAGAACAUGGCAGCGCUGUCGUCUGCACAGAUCGUCUCCCCGAGUAUGAUAAAGAAUCAUCUUCCACCACUGCCUCCAGCCCCCUACCAACCAAGAUUCUGGUCUGCAAUCCCAGGACAGCCUGGACCCUCUCAGGAGCUGGUUCUAGAUCUCAACCAGGGAAGGACUCCUGGGUUUGGCCGCACCAGCCAUGCUAUCAAACCUUUUGCACAGCCCCCAUACCCAAGCCUAUCAGGUCCUGUACCACAAUCCAUACCAAGUUAUGAGCCCUUGGCACCUCCUCCUGCACCAACUGCUACUGCAGUUCCAGUGUGGCAGGACCGGACCAUUGCCUCCUCUAAGCUGCGGAUGCUGGAGUACUCAGCCUUCAUGGAGGUCCAGAGAGACCCAGACAACUACAGCAAACAUCUGUUUGUCCACAUUGGACAGACCAACCCCUCAUACAGCGACCCACUCCUCGAGGCUGUGGACAUCCGGCAGAUCUACGACAAGUUCCCUGAGAAGAAGGGCGGGCUCAAAGAGCUUUAUGAGAAAGGCCCUCAGAAUGCUUUCUUCCUAGUCAAAUUCUGGGCGGACCUGAACAGCAGCGGCAUGCCGGAUGGUCCUGGUUCUUUCUACGGUGUCAGCAGCCAGUACAGCAGCCUUGAGAACAUGACGAUCACUGUUUCAACCAAAGUCUGCUCGUUUGGAAAGCAGGUUGUCGAGAAAGUAGAGACAGAGUACGCCCGCCUGGAGGGAGGAAAGUGUGUUUACAGGAUCCACCGCUCUCCUAUGUGCGAGUACAUGAUCAACUUUAUCCACAAACUCAAACACUUGCCUGAAAAAUACAUGAUGAACAGUGUUCUUGAAAACUUCACGAUCCUACAGGUGGUGACGAACCGUGACACCCAGGAGACCUUGCUCUGUAUAGCGUUUGUUUUUGAGGUUUCCACAAGUGAACACGGAGCUCAGUAUCAUGUCUACAGACUUGUUAAAGACUAACAGCUCUUCAGGGAGGUUUUGGAAAAGCCAGACAAAAAGCGUGACACAAUCUCUCUUCGACCAGCUCAACCAUCCAGGAAAAAACAACAAAAAAAAAACAUUCAAACAAUCCUAGGCCGAACUAACAUGGACACAUUUUAUGCUUUAAAAAAGUCUUGUUUGCAAGGAAAAAAAGAGUGAAUCUCAACGUGCCGACACGCAAAGAAAUUUUGAAGAAUUACGGAUUUUUCGAACAACUAGCUGUCUUCCAUGUGUUUAAACAUGCUUUAGAUGAAGUGGGUCACUUUCCCAAGGUAAUUGAUGGAGUUUGAAAUGUUUUUUUGAGGGAACGAGAACGUGUUUAGGGUUGAAAAGACUCUUAUGGUAUCCAAAGGAACACACUCAAUAAGAGAAGUGUACAUAAGAUUGAAAAAGUAAAGAGAGAACAUGACCACGGAAGGGGAAAACCAGAGCCAAGUGGUGUUGUUGCAGUAGGUUUGUUAGGAAAGCAAGUGCCUUUUCUCCAAAGAUUAUAUCAUUGCCUGCCACUUUGGAUUGCCUUUUUUUUUACUACCUCUUGUUUUUAAACAAACAGAAAAUAGUCAGACAGGUGUAUUUUGUCAAAAAAAAUUGGAAAGAAACCUCUCAGAUCUACAUUGUGUGAGGCACUUUUUGUAUUCCGGCACACAGAGGAAUGGGAUGGGAUAACUAAUCUUCAUUGUAGCCUGUUGUUUUACAAACAAAAUUGUCCCAAGUUUUACAGUCCAAGUGUACAGGGAGAAGGUUUAUUGUGUUAACGUACUAUUUAGGUUCUGCUUUUUUUUUUAUGUUUUAUUACACAAUUUAAAAAUCAGGUCUUACAAGCAUCUAUCUAUAACUGACUUGUGACACUAGGGAUGCUUUGUACCAUUGCUAGCCUGAAAUAAAGCCGGGGCUUUGCCAUCCCUACGAGAUCCCUUUCUCUCUGUUUGAAGACGUGUGCUUGGUUGCACUUAAAAGAUCCAGAAGGGGAGAGGUGAAGCAACAGCAGUGCUUAUUUUCUGCCUUGAGUUAUGUAGCCUAAUUGAAAGAUGAAUUAUUUCUGUACUGUGAGUCAGCGGAUGCUAAAGGAAUAUGUGUUACAUAGGAGUAUUUUUUGGGGGGUACUUUAUGUUCAUAUUUGUGAUCAAGUAACUCAGCACAGAGACCAUGGUUAAAGUGGAGAGAAGUUAAUCACUGUUUCUUUUGUUUAAAAAAGAGAUUGUAUGCUGUGAAGUCGGUUCAUUUGCUUCACCCUUCUCCGUGUAAUGUGUGGAGAAGCUGCAUCUGUUGAUAAAAGUUCAGUUUUUAUAUUUAAGACCAUUUUUUACUGACAUUACACAUGAAAUAAUUUUGAAAUCAAACUAAAUAAUUGUCUUGAAUGAGAGCUAUUGUCUCUGUGCUGUGGAGUAUGACCAUUGAUUGUUAUUUAUGGGGUUGGAAAAGAAAUAGCGGGAGGGCAGGGUGGGGUACUGGAGAUGUAUUGAUCAUUUUCUAUUGUGAUGGAGAUGUUAAAAGUAUUGCAGGACUCAUAUUAGAGACAGGAGAACUGUCAUCCCAUGGAUCCUGCUAGACAAGUGUCUACUCUGUGUGGUUCACUGGACAAUUGUGCUAUAAAAGUUCAAAUUUAAGAUAUUGUACGGUGGAAUAAUUGCACCUGGCUUUGAAUGUCAUAUUUCACAAGCUAGAUACAAUAACACUCCUACUCUAGCAGGUUUCUCAUUUUAUCUUUUAUACAGACUUUUUUUUUUUUUUGCCAUUAUCAAGAUUAAUGUUUUGUUUUGAUUCUGUUGUCUUUUGACUUUCAGUGUUUGCCAUAUGCUUCACUGAAAAUAAUGUGUGAUUGUGCUGAUAUUGAUAAUUAAUAAUGAGAUAUCUAAUGUAUCAUAUUCUGAAUGGUGUGGGCAGUUUUUUUUUUGUUGUUGUUGUUUUUUUGGGGUUUACUGUUGUCUUUGUUACCAUUGUGCAUUGCAAUUUUAUACUUCAAAGUAGAGGUUGGACUAUGUAAUCAAACAAAUGUAUCUAACAAUAAAAGACGCAUGGUGCCUUUGGGGCCAUUUUUCCCCCAGAAAACGUAUUAAACAUGUUUGUAAAUUUG